CAAGUCUUGGCAUCUGUUCAAGAAGAGAUUGAGGAAGAAAAGAGGUUAAGAAACUUGGAAGUAGAAAGAAAAGACGAAGAAAUCGCUGAACUCAAAGAGGAGUUGAACAAGGCCAAUGAGUUGCUAAAGUCAAAACAUGCUGUACAUUUGAAUGUGAGCGAGGAUGAGCUUGCUGUACUUUCUCCGGCUGCUGUAGAGACUGCCAGACUUCUUCGCGGUGGUCAAUCUCUAACAAGUAUAGUCCGAGAACAUGCUCGUCUCACCGGAGAGCUUGCGGAGGCGCGAGAGCGAAACAAGCAAUUGGAGCUAAACCUCCGGGAAAUGGUAGAAGAAAUCGAGGAGCGAGCUCCACAAUUAUUCCAUCAAAAGGAGCUGUUGGAUAAGACGUUUGACCACAACAGCCGACUUCAGGAGCAGCUCAAAGAAGCUGACGAAGCUCGCCGUCGCCUAGAGAGUGCUAAAGAUGCGACUACGAGAGAACUUGCCUUCACGCGGGCUGAGCUUGAGAAGUACCAAAGGGAUUACGCCAAAGUUUCCAAGCAGGUACAACACCUGCUGUUCGUCAUGGAGAAAGAGAGGAGAGGAGAAGAUGAAGGAAUGAAUGAAAACGAAGAAGAGAAUGCGCGUCUGUUCAGCAACAUUGCUCAGCUGCAAAAAAUAAACCGUCGAUUGGAAUCGGAACUGGAAGUUGCCAAAACGUCCGCCGAGCAGGUGGUGCUUACGUCGAAGAAUGCAGAAAUUGAAUGCUUGAAGCGUGAGUUGGACAGUACUCGCAAAGCUGAAUCUAGUCUGAAAGUUGAGCUGGAGCAAAUGCAUACAACAUUUGAUCUUCUCCAAAAUCAAGCCGAUCAACUGAAGAAGUUGGCGGAAGAUAAUGUUAGCGUAGCUGAAGCAAGAACAGCGAAAAUCAAGGCAGAAGAGGCUGCCGCUAAGGCCCAAGCAAGUGAACUCAAGGUAGCGCGUUUGGAGGAAUACAUCAAAGCGCUCAAAGAAGAGAGGGAGAUCUCGGAUAGGAUCCACAGCGAUCGUGCCGCUCGAAAUGAGCAAGUGGUUGCGGAGGUUAAGAUGACGAACGCUCGUCUUGAGGCUUCGUUUGAACUGCAGAAGCAGACAACAGCCGUGUUUGAGAAGGAACUUGAGCGUUCACAAAAGGAGUUUGACCAAAUACGCGAGGAGAAUGAUCGUUUGAGAUCCAGUGAUGCGAAGAUGGCUGGUAAAGUGGAGCAGGUUGAAUUACAUUCCGCUCGUGAUGAGCUAGAGCACGCUCGUUUGACGAUUAACAGAUUAGAAUCAGAGAUAGGAGCUUACAAGAGGACUGCAUUCAGUGAGCAGCAGAUGAUGGUGUCACUGAAUGAAUUAACUAACCGUUUGUCUCGGGUAGAAGCCGAGAAGACCACAGUCAUGGAGUCCCAGCUUGAGGUUCUUCGCCUUGAACGGGAUAGUUUGAAGACUUCUAACGCUCGCCUUACUGACCAACUUUCACAUGCAAGGAAUGAAGCGAAGCAGAUGCAGACUCGGUUCGAACAAGAACUUACACUGCUACGAGAGCAACUUUCCGAGAAAGAGAAGGAGUUGACCUCUUGUGAGCGGCAACUAAUUGACCUGCGAACGCGAUUGAGCAAUAUGCAAGCGCAAUAUACUGCUCAUGAAAGCACAAUAGUGAAAUCAAGGUUAUCUGACGGUAAUGUGAGUUGUUUCAGAAUGGAGUCUCACAGUAAUGUGCUUGAAUCAAAUAUCAAACAAAUGGCAGAGCUUGGCUCUAUGGAACGUGAUCGACUGGAGACAAGAGCGAGCAGCGCUGAAGCGCGAUCCGAAGAGCUUACUGCAAAAGUAGCCCAGUUGUCAACGACUAUAAACCAGCUGGAGUCAGAAAUAAGUGAUAUGAAGAUGCAACACUUGGAGCGUUCAACCGAACUUCAAUUGAGAAUUGAUAUCCUCGAAGCUCAAAAGAGGGACGCUGAUGAGUCCAUCAAACAUCUGAACGAGUCGUUGAACUCGUCACAGAUCGAAAUGGAGAGGAAAUUGAACGAGCGGAACCAGCUGACGGAUCAAGUAGCCGAACUCAAAGCUCAGCUGUCCGAGAAAGAAGGAGAGCUUAUGUUGAAAGACGCUAAAUUGGAAUCUAAGCAAAAGGAGCUUAUGGGCGCUUGUGAAGCUUCCAGAGUUUUGGAAGGGAAUGGAGUAUUGUUGGUCAGCUUUGACGCUUUUACGAAAAAUACAUGA